AAUGCUUUUAAACUCAUCCGCUGCCCGUCCCUUAAAUAUCAACAGCACGCGGCGUCUUCCCUGCACGACUGCCUUUCUUUUGGUUUUGAGUUUUUUUCCUUUUUAAUCUGGUUGCACAGUGAAGUUGCGCACACGAUGCUGUGAAAUGCCGUUAACUGUGUGAAAGCUGUGAUAUUGUCGGGCGCAGAGAGGCAGGGAGCGCCUCCGCGAAGGACGGCUGAUCCUUCACAUUAACUGCGCAUUUCAAACAGAAAGAAAAAGCCCAUUUUUAAAAUAAACAGCGAUUCAAACUGGCUCACACUCUUUGCAACCAGAACAGUCUGACAGCUGCUCUUCAGCCCCUUUGGAGGACUGUCAGCAGCAAGAGGAUGGCAUCAGAGCUGGCGAUGAGCAGCCCCGACCUGCCCACCAGUCCCCUGGCCAUGCAAUAUGUUAAUGACUUCGAUCUGAUGAAGUUUGAAGUGAAGAAGGAGCCGCUGGAGCCCGAUCGCAGCAUCAGCCAGUGCAGCCGCCCGAUCGCCGGGGGAUCCCUGUCUUCCACCCCGAUGAGCACGCCUUGCAGUUCGGUACCUCCUUCUCCGAGCUUCUCGGCGCCCAGUCCGGGCUCCGGGAGCGAGCAGAAGGCACACUUGGAGGAUUUCUACUGGAUGACCGGUUACCAGCAGCAGUUGAAUCCCGAGGCUUUGGGCUUCAGCCCCGAAGACGCCGUGGAGGCGCUGAUCAGCAGCACUCACCAGCUUCAGACCUUCGAUGGAUAUGCUAGAGGGCAGCAGUUUGCCGGUGCAGCCGGAGCAGGAGGCACCAUGGCCGGAGAAGAGAUGGGCUCUGCCGCCGCAGUGGUGUCUGCUGUCAUUGCGGCUGCUGCAGCCCAGAACGGAGCUCCUCAUCAUCACCACCACCACCACCACGCCGGGGGUCAUCACCAGGCGUCCGGGGUUCAAUCUAACGGCAGCUCAGGGGGAAACCACCAGCACAUGCAUCUGGACGACCGGUUCUCGGACGAGCAGCUGGUGACCAUGUCGGUGCGGGAGCUCAAUCGGCAGCUACGCGGGGUCAGCAAAGAAGAAGUGAUCAGGCUAAAGCAGAAAAGGAGGACCCUCAAAAACCGAGGCUAUGCCCAGUCAUGCCGCUUCAAGAGGGUUCAGCAGAGGCACGUCCUGGAAGGCGAGAAGACCCAGCUAAUUCAGCAAGUAGACCACCUCAAACAAGAGAUCUCCAGGCUGGUCCGGGAGAGGGAUGCGUACAAGGAGAAGUACGAGAAGCUUGUCAGCAAUGGCUUCAGAGAAAACGGCUCCAGCAGUGACAACAACCCUUCGUCUCCAGAGUUUUUCAUGUCCUCAAGAAAGUUUCUGCAUCUGUGACAGAGAAUAACAGCCAGUGCCCUUGGCCUGGACCCUCAGAGAGCAUGGUGACAGAAUGCCAACGGCACAGAAUGACCAGCACAGACACGAAGCACAACUCUGACACAUCUCUGACGACAUCCAUGGCGACGCUGCCCCCCCCCCCCCCCCCCCACCUUCAUCCUUGCGUCCAGAAAAACAUCAUGGCAUCUUCUCCUCAGAUGCCUGCUCUCCAGCUGUGGAUACAGUUGCAACCUGAGAACUUCAUCUUCUUCACUUUCUGAGGGGCUUUUCAGUUGGACACAUAUGACGGUGUGAUUUUGCGUAUGGAGAUAUACGAACACGUCUGUGAGUCUCGUGACUCACGCUCAGGAUGAUUGCUAAUGAAUUAACCACUUAAUCAGCUUAAACAUCUGCAUUAACACAAACCUUGUCCUUUUUGAAGAUUUUUAUUCCAGUAUACAAAUUGGAUCUAAUUGUAAAUAUAUAGUGUGAUCCAUUUACCUCUGCAUUUCCCCCCCCCCCCUUUUUUCAAACUACAAGAAGAAGUUCAGUUUUCUUUGCUGCAUCUUUACGCCUGUGAAGGCAUGUGUACCGGAAGACUAAAAUCACACUGUAUGUAUCGCAGUGAAUCGUCGCCCCAGAUGUGUGCAGCUGUGAUGGGGCCACAGCAUUUGAAAUAAUCCGGGGAUCCUCUAGUGUUGACAUCUUCAUAAGGGCUCCCAGGACUGUGGAAAAGCUCACACAGUUGGCAGGAUGACCUGGUGUAGACAGGGAGCACAGCUGCGUGGGGCCUCCAGCGUGACCUUCAGAGAUCUUUCAUCUGCUGUGUUCCCGGUUCCUGCAGGAACUUUGCAUUUCUGCCACUUUAGAGCUGCGAUGUUUUCAUUUCAAGGAGAACUGUUAUUGUAUGAUGACGCCUCAUGAGCAACGUGACCCUUGGGGAAGGACACCAGGGUAUGUCUGUAGCUGUCAGAUUUUAGAAGUAUAUCACAGCAACUUCCAGAUAUCUUUAGUCAGCCAAAUUCCUAGAGUCUCGCUCCAUCUCGCACGUGCGUGUUGCUUUAUAUCUACCCGAAACAAAGUGACCACCUGUUUUGGUCACACUCACGCACCCCGCCAACUGUCCCUCUCGCUGUUGUGUCUCUCUGUCUGCUGAAUGAGACUCGUGGCUUCUUCCUUCAGAGCUCCCUGCAUCCGCACCCUCGAGGGGGCCUCAGCCACAGCCUGUGAGUUUCGGGGUUGGCAGCGCGAGGUCCGUCCGUGCAGAUGGGGCGAGUCUCUGUCAUGCCGCUCACUUCCACAGGCUGUCUGGUGUCUCAGCAGCAACUCUGCCAGCUUCAGAUUAGUGCUUCACCUCGACUGCAGGAGGAUAAGCAGCAAGAAUGUCCUCAUAAAAAGUGCCACUUUAUAUUUAAAUACUCAGCGUGAACAAUAGAUAUUACUGUAACUAAGUAACGUGCUGUCACAGUGAUCGCAUGCUACCAUUAAACAGUAGACUGAGGUUUUUAUUUUGUCCAAAAGAUGAGAUCCACUGUACACAGCAGGGAACCAGGUCCACUGUACACAGAAGGGAUCCAGGUCCAGUGUACACAGAAGGGAUCCAGGUCCACUGUAGUCAGCAGGAAACCAGGUCCACUAUACACACCAAGGAUCCAGGUCAACUGUGCACAGAAGAGAUUCAGGUCCACUGUACACAGCAGGAAUCCAGGUCCACUGUACACAGAUAGGAUGCUGGUUCACUGUACAUAGCAGGGAACCAGGUCCACUGUACACAGCAGGGAUCCAGGUCCACUGUACACAGAAGGGAUUCAGGUCCACUGUACACAGCAGGGAACCAAGUCCACUGUAGACAGCAGGAUUUUAGGUUCACUGUACACAGAUGGGAUCCAGGUUCACUGUACACAGCAGGGAACCAGAUCCACUGUACACAGCAGGGAUGCAGGUCCACUCUACUCAGAAGGGAUUCAGGUCCACUGUACACAGCAGGGAACCAGGUCCACUGUACACAGCAGGGUUCUAGGUCCACUGUACACAGAAGGGAUUCAGGUCCAAUGUACACAGCAGGGAUCCAGGUCCAGUGUACACUGAAGGGAUCCAGGUCCACUGUAGACAGCAGGGAACUAGGUUCCUAUGUACACAACAGGGAUCCAGGUCAACUGUACACAGAAGGGAUUCAGGUCCACUGUACACAGCAGGAAUCCCGGUCCCUAUGUACACAGAAGGGAUCCAGGUCCACUGUACACAGCAGGGAUCUAGGUGCCCUGUACAAAGAAGGGAUCCAGGUCCACUGUACACAGCAUGGAUUCAGGUCCACUGUACACAGAAGAGUUUCAGGUCCACAGUAUAUGGAAGGGAUUCAGGUCCACUGUACACAGCAGGGAUGCAGAUCCACUGUACAUAGCAGGGAUCUAAGUUCACUGCACACUGAAUGAAUCCAAGUCCACUGUACACAGCAGGGACCCAAAUCCACUGUACACAGAAGAGAUUCAGGUCCAGUGUACACAGAAAUGAUCCAGAUUCACUGAUUCUGUGAUUUGGCCUUUUUAAGAAUAUUAGAGAUACAGAUACAGGACCAUUCUCAACUGUUUCUUUUGUUUAAUGAUGAUAAGUUUGUAAGCUGUGAUAGUAAAACAUCACAUCUCCAAAGCAUGGCAUGUACUUCUUCAGUCAUACAUCUGAAAAGUAUUUCUUGGCUGGAAACUGUGAAUGUGUUCACUCCUCGGGAAAGAAUCCAUCACAGAAUAGUAGCGCAUGAGAUGCCCAUCAAGUGAGCCAGUGGUUCGGAGCUGCAAACGUUGGGCACCUUGGAACUACAUCCCAGUGACAGAAAGCAGCAAAGGAUUCUGGGCGAUCACAGCUGGAUAUCCCGGAUCUACAGCAACCCUUCGUGAAACAUGGACAUACUUUCUGCCCUCAAUAAUUAUGCAAUCAAACGCAUGUAUCUUGUAUUAUGUGAUAAAAACAAGAGAUACACAUGGUAUAUUUAAUCCUCAACUUCACCACCUGACAUCUAUAGUUUUAUUAAUAUAAAACAAAUCAUAAUUUGCGUUAUGUAAGCAGGCUGGAACUGCAUUUUUCACACACACAUGAUCCUCCAUGUCCAGCUGUAUAGAGAUAUUAAAAGAUGACAACUUUAAAAAGUAAUAAUGAAAAUAAAUAUUUGGGUCUACGUUCAGGUGGAAACCCGUGUAUGUACAUACACUUAAAUCCGUACUGCGUCCACCAGGGAAUCGUGUCACUCUUUGGAACAGACAAGCGGAGAAUUAAAAUGAUGGAUGUAGACAGAGAAACACAUGCAUAGAGGAACAUAUGGAAUCCUGCUCUGGAAUAUUCUGGAUUGCUCCUUGACCUGCAGCUGCGCCUUGCUCUUGGACAGUGAAGUGUCGCCUUGCAGUGCCACACUUUCAUUCCAGAAAGAGCGUGUUUAUUCAUUGCAGGCCAAUGAUACUGUGUGAGUAGAAAGCUGCAUAAUACUGUGACGUGUCCCUUACGUUGGGUUUGUUUGAUGAAAACGUGUCCUUUGGGUCUAAGAAUUAUUGCAGUUGCGGCGACUCACACAAACUGACAUGGCGCACACAGGGGGUGGAAAUCCUCUCACACCAUGAAUUAAAUGGCUAUACCCACACCCCUACCUCCUUGUCACCCCCUACCCCUCUCCCAUCCCCCCCGAGCUGUGGCCCCCUGGCACAGAUAGCCUCUCAUUCCCAAAACAGUGUAGUGAAGAACAUUUUGCCGUUUCCCCUGAAUCCGUCUGGAGUGUGUCUGCGUACCCCCUGGGUGUGUUAUGGAGUGCUUUAGUGACUGUUUUACACACUCGCGUCUAAAUCAAGUUUAAAUUGAGCCGUCAGCAAGCAGAUUGAGGUCUUAAACAGCAGACUGCAGGAAGCCAGCUGCUCAUUGUUUUCUGAUUAAUAUCCUUAACAACGUGUCGAAAUUUCCACGAGGCGUCCUGGUCCAAAGCAGCCGGGGCCAGAACGUCACCAGACUCAUCCUGCUACACGCACUACUCACAUAAUACAUUAACAAUAUGAGACUACAGAUGGUUCCAGUUGAAGUGAAUCACAGCAUAUCACCAGGAGGCUGGAGCAGAUCCACAUUCAGCCUGUCGAGGUGAUCUAGUUGAUUUGGAGCUCAGAUCUGUUCAAACUUCUUAAUUCAAGCUUGAUUUUGACUUCAGUCUUACAGGUUUUGUGGAGGCCAGCCUCUUUAUUAAAAAAAUAGAUUACAUUCAUGAAUUGCAUUGGUUCAAAUAAACUUAAGUGAUUUUGGCUUAAAAUAUUUACAGUAUGUAUAGAUGAAUUACAAAAAAACAUAUCUCAGUGGUCCAUGCUGUGUUUAUUUACACUGAAAGACAGUUUCAGUGUACUUUAAUGUAAGGCAUUUUCGCGCGAGGUUUUAUAGGAAAUGUGAGCAUUUUCAUUAAAAAGGCUGGGCUUUCUUUUCAGUAACUUAAUCACGGUAUUAAUUUUAGUUGUUCCAGGCUGCUUUAUUAGUCACUUGCAGAUGUGUGAUUUUAGGUCAAGCCUGUUGACUCAGAUAUCGGGGCAUUUUCCAGUGGUGUCAUUAGCCUCUUGCUUGAGUCAUAGACCGAACCUGCAAAACACAUUACUGGGGUAACUGGAAGUAUGUGUAUACACUGGGCACGGCGUAGGAGGGAGAAUAUGUGGGCACAGUAGCAAAAAUAGCCACCGGUACCAUUACAUCAUUACUAUUAUGAUGAAGUUGUUGCAGUUAUUCUACCUCAGACUUUGUCUGUGCGUCAUGUUCUCCCUGUUUCUCACUGUCACCCCCUCAGGCCCCCACAUGACGCGGUACUGGGUUCGACAUCGGGCGGGGUAUCCUUAUAGUAAAUGUGUUCUCUUCAUAUUCCCCUGGCUAAGGACUCAUGGUCUUUUAUACUCUUAUGUUGACUGUGACUGCCAUCGCCACCAUCAGAUACACACUUCGGUAUUUACGUGUUUUUUUUCCCGUAAAGUAUGGCUGUUUUGAGGUUUGUGGCCAAGGACCGCACACAGAAUGAUAGGGAGUGACGGGCGCUGUGGUGUUUAUUAUACGGCGUGUUAUCACUGUCUUAUCUCGUGUGCUGAGUGGUGGAGCCCUGAGCUCAUUGGCAUCUCCCCUCCUUGACAGUAAGGACUUUCCUUCAGACUUUCAGACUUCCCUUCCCACAAACACGUCACAUUCGCACAGUGACUGUAUCCCUCGCGGCUCUGAUUGGCAGCUGGGAUCCCGCAGGAUGAGAAAUGCGCCCCGGAGUCACCUGUCCAUGUAGCGAUAUCUAAAGAAACGUCUGGCCGGUCCGAGAGAAACAGCGCCACCCACAGCCAGGCAUGAGGAGAUGACGGUGCAGAAAUGAAGUUUAGCUUCAGGUGUGGCUUCAGUCUUCCAAACUUAACAAGAAAAAUGCAUUUGUAAAGUGCAUUGUCGCAAUAAAAUAUGCAGUUAUGCUACUGCUGACUCUGAGAAAGGAGGCGGCGUUCAAGAGAAGGGCCUGGGAGUAUUGCCUAGCUCUGAGCGUCUGUCCGUCGCACUUUUGGGAAACACCGUCACGAGUAGUGACACACAACAGAGACCACAUGGACGGGUGCCACUUGCCGGACGGCACUGGACAAGACGAGAUCCCGGUCAGUGUAGCUCACCAGCACCUCAUUUCGAGUUUGUAGACCACUGUCGCUUCAGCCGGGCCGUAUGGGUGUGGCUUCUGGCCUUCUGAUUGGCCGGCCCACAGCGCGUAUGAAGCUGGACGUCAGCUGCUCCGUGUUCAUGGAAACGACGACGGCUUAUCUGGAAGGCUACCUUUGUUUUUCUUUCAAAGAUUACUGUAAGCCAUGCCAGUAUUCCCUUUAUAUGCAUGUGAUGAGUAUUUAGAUAUUUGUAUGUCACAGAGUUUCCCUUUUUCCUCACCGGGAUGUGUAAAUAAACUGGGAAACAUAGAUUGCUUAGUUCCUGACCCACCUUGUAAAUGACAGACAGCUAUGCAUGCUGGUGAUAUAGCAAAUCCUUUCAGGUACUUUUGUAUCCCAGAAUUCCCAUUACAGCAUGUGAUUAAAAACAAAAAAUAGAGAAAAGAGAAUAAAAAAAAAAAAUGCAGAAACGGUUUGUUGAACACCUUGAGACUGAAUAUUGUAGACGGCCAUUUUGAUAACAUUUCUUUAUGCAGUAGUGGGUCCUUCAUCAUUCUCACAUUCAUGAUGUCAAAUAGCGGUGAUCCUACAGGACCGGGUGCAAACCGAAGACUCUCAGACAUCUCUGCCAGGCGAAUAAAGGCGCUCACCAUCUUCUCCAUCGCAGUGAUAUGGCACCCUUCCUCCCCCAGGAGUGAAGUGAGCCCCUAAAGCUGAAUUCACUUCCGGAACAGUUAGAGUCUCCUGCUUUGCCCCCUUCUGACAGACCGUGGUCUUCCGAAAGUUUCCGAAUCAUAGAGGCAAAGUGGUAACAGGGAGUGUUUUAUAGAAAUCUUUAUUUUCUGUCACAUAAGACUCAUAUCAUCCACAAUAGAUGGAAGUGUCUGAUUUUUAAUCUGUACUAAAGAUAUUUUAAAUUUAAUAAAUAAUCAUUGAAACAAG